AUGUACUAUACAACCAUGAUGGUUUCAUCCUCCAAAAUUGUGUUCUUUGUGCCAAUGUUACUAACUAUUCUUGUUGCUUUGCAGGUCACUAAUGGUGAAUAUAAGUAUGAAGCCUUUUUUCCGAAAGUUGAAGUUGUGAUUAGGAACAACAUGAGUGGUACUCCAGCAGGUCUUCAUUGUAAAGAUAAAGACCAUGAUGAUGGGUUUCAUAGAAUAGAUUAUGGUGAAAUCCAUAGCUUCUCUGUCAUAGAUGUGAAAGUUUGUCCAGCACACUGCAAUUGGUCGAUAAAUCAAUCUGGACCAUGUAGAAUUAGCGAAACAACUCUCGAAUGCUUUCCAUGGAAUGAAUGGAAUAAUGCUCUUAAUGUGUAA